UGACACUGCAGACGGAGCCUGCCCCACACCUGAUGUGUCCCUGUGCAGCCUCUCAGUCCAGUGCAGUCACCUAAGCAGAUCCAUGAACAUCCCAGCCCAGCGGCAGAAUGCAGCAGGAGAAAUAUGAAAAAAGCAGCAGGAAGUGUUUUUAUAUUCUCAUCUAUAUGGUGGUUCUGUUUCUGGUGUCCGUCUGCUGGUUUAAUGUGAUAGGACACAGGUGGCAUUCAGAAGUGACCAUCAUCUGUGAUCCUCAGACUGGAUCCAAAAUGCUUGUCAAUGUCUCAUACCUGGACUUCCUACAAGACGUUUCUCUUGAAAGAAUGCUGUAUGAAAAGCCGAAUGCCAAGAAGCCCCCGAGAACCGAUUACCUGAUGAUGACUCCUUGGUUUGCGCCAAUUGUAUGGGAUGGCACCUACAAUAUCGAGAUACUGAAUGCACAAUUUCACAAGAGACAUGUUCGCGUAGGCCUCACUGUGUUUGCCAUCAAAAAGUACACAGUUUUUGUGCAGACUUUUCUUGAAACUGCUGAAAAGUUCUUCAUGGUGGGACAUAUGGUCAACUAUUACGUGUUCACAGACCGCGUUAAAGACAUCCCGAAUAUCCCACUUGCUGAGGGAAGGCAACUGGUGAUCUUAGAGGUCCCCAGCUACCAAAGAUGGCAGGAAGUGUCCAUGAGACGCAUGGAAAUGAUUCGAGACUAUUCCCGGCAAAGAUUCAUCAAUGAAGUGGACUACUUGGUGUGCGUUGAUGUGGACAUGAAGUUCAGCGAUGAGGUUGGGGUGGAGAUCCUCAGUGAUGUUUUUGGCACCUUACAUCCCAGCUUCUAUGGCGCUACCCGCGAGCACUUCACAUAUGAGCGGCGGAAAGAGUCUACCGCCUACAUUCCUUCUGAUGAAGGAGACUUUUAUUACGCCGGUGGGUAUUUUGGGGGAAAGGUAGAAGAGGUCUACAAGUUGACCAAAUUUUGCCAUAACGAGAUGACGACGGACCAGGCGAACAAUAUCGAAGCCAUCUGGCAUGACGAGAGCUACCUAAACAAAUAUUUCCUUUAUCACAAGCCAACUAAAAUUCUGUCUCCUGAAUAUCUAUGGGACAAUGGUUUUGGGGUUCCAGAAUUCCUUAUGAGAAGAUUUGUUGCUGUUCCAAAAGAUCACAAUGCGAUCCGGAACAGAAGAAGUUUGUACGGCUAUCCAAGAGCAAGACAAAAAUUUCAUAGUUGAUGAUUAUUUGAGGCAUUUUCAAAAAUUCUGAAGUUAGAACGUUUAACAAAAUGACCUAUGGGGUAAAAAGGCUGGUGAAGUAAGUUAUUCUUAAAAAUCUCCAUCUACAGUCAUCAACACUGAAAUUGCAGCAAGAAGAACAAGCUGUAAGGUUCUGCAAAUCGAGGAAGUAGCAAGUGUCGCUAAGCACCUAGCUCCAAUCUGUGGCAUGUGGGAGGAGCAUAGAAACUAGAUUUAAAACAAUGUUUUUUUAGCCACAUGAAAUCUUAUAGAUAGGUCAUCAGUAUCUGAUUGGUGGAGGUCUAACACUCGGGACUGCCACCAAUGAGCUGUUUGAGAAAGCAUCGGUGCUCACAGCAGCCUUCUCUCAGCUUAGUCUAGGCCAUGUGA